AUGCGCAAAUUCUGUUUACUUCCACCCUCAUUUAUCUUCUUUUUUCUAUUCACGAGUUCUUUUGCACAAUUAGUAAUCGUGUUUCCUCAAAAUUUUCAUGACUUAAUGUCGUCGUCGCAAACUCCUGAUUUAAGUGUACUAAAUGUAGGACAAACUGAUGAUACACCCUACAAUAUUGGUCCACCGACUUUAGAAGAUUUAUUGCCAAAAGAAAAAGACUUAACAAUGUUUAUGGAUUCUUUACGUGAUUUUCCUGAUGUUCUGAAGAAAAUUAGCGAUCCAAAUGAAACUUUAACACUGUUUGCACCAAUCAAUCGUGCUUUACUUAAUUUAAAAGUAAAGCCAAAUGCUAUCAGAGAAGAAGAUAAUGAUGACGAAGCAGCAGCUCGAGAAAGAUUUCAUCAAUUUGUUUUGGGUCAUAUUGUACCCAAUUCAGUUUCAUUGAAACCAGAAACUAGUGAUGAAGAAUUGAAGACAUUAUCUAAUUUAACUACAAUUCAUGUUCAAAAAGCUGAGGGAAAAGGCGGUGUUAAAUUAAACGACGAUGUAAAUAUUGUAGGGAAACAGAUAGAAGCUGUUAAUGGGAUUCUCUAUAAAGUUGAUAAUGUGCUGGUGAAUAUCUAA